AUGCAGCCAUCGGGCCCAUCCAAGGGCCAGGUCCACGUCAAGCUUAUCCAGGCACGCGGCCUCAACGUCCGCUCCUCCAGCUCCCGUCCAUACGUCGUCGUGCAAUUCGAGCAGAACGAAUUUGUCAGCCGCGAUCCCACCGACGAGACGGACAAGGAGGUCAAGGGCGUCGCCACGACCCUCUCUCGCGUCUCGUCGUCCACCGCACUCUCUGCUCUUGGCGCGAUAAACUCCAAAGCGAGCAGCAAGCAGGGGAGCGCGCGCAGCAGCGCACAGGCGACGCCCUCAUCGUCGUUUGGAUCCGGCAAGUCUCACUUGCAGGCAGCGCUCGGGGCGCGCAUCAACGCGCACAACCCCGUCUGGAAGCAUGAAGUCUCCUUCGAUGUCACCUCCGAGCAAUCGGUCAUCACGUUCAGCGUAUACGACCGCUCGCUUUCCGAGCACGCGUUUCUGGGGACUGUCCAGGUCAAGCCGGCUCUCGUCCAUGAUCAUACGGUUGAUCAAUGGUACAAGCUGCAGCCGUUCGAGAGCGAGGCGGUCAGCGGGGAGAUGAGAGUGCAGAUUACAUUCGAGGCGAACCAGACCAAGCGCGCGCUCACCCCGCGCGACUUCGAGUUCCUGAAGCUCAUCGGGCGUGGCACGUUCGGCCGCGUCUUCCAGGUGCGGAAGCGCGACACCAAGCGCAUAUACGCCAUGAAGGUCCUGUCCAAGCGCGAGAUCAUCGAGAAGAAGGAGGUCGCGCACACCAUCGGCGAGCGCAAGAUCCUGCAGCGCUCGCUGGAGUGCCCCUUCCUCGUCGGCCUGAAGUUCUCGUUCCAGACGGAGACCGACCUGUACCUUGUCACCGAUUUCAAGAGCGGCGGCGAGCUCUUCUGGCAUCUGCAGAAGGAGACGCGGUUCAGCGAAGAGCGCGCAAGGUUCUACAUCGCGGAGCUCGUCCUUGCUCUAGAGCACCUCCACAAAUACGAUAUCGUAUACCGUGAUUUGAAGCCCGAGAACAUCCUCCUCGACGCUACCGGUCACGUCGCCCUAUGCGACUUCGGGUUGUCGAAACCGGACCUGCGAUCCGACGAGCUGACAAAUACCUUCUGUGGCACGACGGAGUACCUCGCACCAGAAGUCUUGCUGGACGAGCAUGGAUACUCCAAACUCGUCGACUUCUGGAGUCUCGGUGUCCUCCUGUUCGAGAUGUGCUGCGGAUGGAGUCCGUUCUACGCCGAGGACACGCAGCAGAUGUACAAGAACAUUUGUUUCGGCAAGAUCAAGUUCCCCAAGGGUGUCAUCGGCGAGGACGGGAAGCAGUUCGUCAAGGGGCUGCUCAACCGGAAUCCCAAACACCGUCUCGGCGCGCAACGCGAUGCUGCAGAACUCAAGGAGCACCCGUUCUUCAAAAUGAUCGACUGGGACGCCCUGUCCAAGAAGCAGCUCACGCCGCCCUUCAAGCCCGUCGUCGAGUCGGACGAGUCCGUCGCGAACUUCGACCCCGAGUUCACGACCGCGGACAUGCGCGAGGUCGGCGUCAUGGACAUGGACCUCGACGAGCAGGACCCGUCGGACAACUGGGUCGCGAUGUCGCAGAGCCUGACGAAUAGCACCAUGCACACGCCGCUCGGGCCGCUCGGCUCGGACAAGCCAGACAGGCCCGCGGCCGCGCCCAAGGGCAUCGAGAUCGCGAAGACGAAGAAGAAGCGGGACGAGGCGCCGCCGCUGACGAACUCCGUGCAGGAGAAGUUCCGCGGGUUCACGUACCACGGCGAGUCGAUCGUCGCGCCCCCGUCGGGCAUCCUCGCGGAGAAGGAGCCGGAGCCGGAGCCGGAGGAGGCAGUCGACGAGGGGACAUACCCGACGACGGACGACGAUCUGGACAGCGACUCGCCGGCGGGGCGCUAUUCGAGGCGGAAGGACGAUGCGUUCAGCGGCUUCGACGAAGAUAUGAACCUGUAA